CUCGUCAAUCAACCACCACCCAACACCACACAUACAUACAUACAUGCAUACAUACACACACUCGAUAAAUCAUCACCAGCCCCUCUCAUCCACCUGCAGCAGCUGCGCCAGUCGAGUGCCGUGCCAUGGCAUGCCUCUGCCUCGUCUCAUAUGGCGCCCGAUGGCACCAAAUCACCAUCCAUUUCUCCAUCUGGUAAUCAUUGCCUAUUGCGCCUUCCGGGCGAAAAGGAUCACGCCCAAUCCAGCCUAGUCUGCACACCCACAUCCCUAACCCGCGCAACCACACCCCACAGCUUGCAACAACUCCUAUCAGCGCCGGUUCCAUCGGUGAUCCAACCACCUGCAACUCCCAAAACAUUCUAG